GAGGGCCUGAGGACGGGGGUUUGACUCUGCUAAACAGGAUUGGAGCUUUCUGCUGGGUUUCAGACACAUCUCUGCAAACACAUCAGGUGUCCUCAGGUGUAAGCAGUGAUGCCGUGGAUUCUGUCCUCUCAGCUGGACUGUGCGUCCUUGUCACCAUCUCAGCGUCAGUGUGAGCGGACGGCGUUCUCCUUCUACUGCGCGGUGCGUGAGCAGCUGCCGGUCUGGCUGCUGGAGGAUAUGCGCGUCAUGGAGGUCUUCUGCUGGGACGACGGCCACCCACGAACCUUCCUGCCAUCCGAAGCGCUGCUUUAUGCACUUGUGCACGACCACCAGGACUAUGCACGUUACCUGCUCAAGAGGUACUCAGUGAGCGCGCUCAGAACACCACGCUGCAGCUUCUGCUGUUGUCAUGGCAGCGGUGCACAGCAGCUAAAUGUGGCCGUUCGCUACAACCGCGUGGCGAUCCUCAGCAUGAUGGUGGAGGCUCUAAAGGACUGCGAUACACAGGGUGAGCGGCAAAACUUCCUGGACAGUCGUGGCGGCUGUGCCCACGUUGCGGACGCAGGGAAGAGCGCUGUACAGCUGGCCGUGGAGCUGUCGCAUGCCAACUGCCUGCUGCUGCUGCUGGUCCAGGGAGCACGGCCUGAUGGGCUCGACACUGCGCUGCAAAGACUCAUUUCCUGUGAUGUUUCAGAGCGAUGCCACGCCCAGCGCUGCCUCGACUUCCUGCUGCUCUUCCUGUCCAAACCACCGCCGCUGGGCUGCCUGAAGGACGAGCCACAACGCUGGCAAACCUUGCUGGGAAAUGAAAUGUUCGGCUGGCUGUGUGGUCUGGCCCCACCCCCCCUCCUGCUGCAGGCACUUCGCUGCCUGGCUCGCUCCGGACCUCCGGACCGGAUCAGCUCACUGCCUGACUUCUUACAGCUGCACAGCUGGCAGUGAUGUGUUACCAUGGUAACAACUGUGAUGGACUGCUAUGAUUGAACAGAUUGGUGAUCAUGUAAAUAAAAUGUAAAUAGACUUUCAAGGACCUUGAACAGUAAACUGUUGGACUUUAGGACCCUGAGUAAAGGAAACAUGGUACAUGAGAGAAACUGAACUUUCUUGACAGUUUUAGGUCACACGUCCUCUCAGUUUUCAUGAUUAACCUUUAUUUAGAAACCAGACUCUGGAUUUUAAAGUCUGGUUCUGUUGGGGUUCUGUUGUGUGUCAAAAAUAAAAAUGUGUCUUUUAAAGGAGCAUUCAUGUCCCCAGUUGAUAAUAUUUGAUACGAUCAGAUAUAAUAAUGUUAUUCCUCUUGCAGGAGCUUCUCUUCAGUUUCAAUGAAGCAGCUUCAGCACAAGAAUCUGAGACGUUAACUUCAGAACUUUGAUAACUGGUUUAUAACAUUUACUGACUCAAACUGAAAAAAAGAUGGAUGUUUUUAUGGGUAUAAACUUGCUGAGCUCUUUGAAGCCCCACUACAGAUUUUCUCAGUGAGUUCCUCCUAAUUACAGCUAAUCCAGCAUGAUCAUUAUCCUGUCUCUUCUCUGAGAUCUCACCAUCCAGCAAAAGUCAGUCUGACUGACUCAUCUCUUGCUCGAAAGAAGUGGUUUCACUUUCGACAGCUGUCUUAACUGAAUGAAGUUGGUCUAAACCACCGAGCUGACUUGUGCAUCAAGUCUGAGGUUUCUGUCUUUAUGCACCCAGGUUUGUUGCUGCAGGUUUCAAAUAAAUGCUCAAGAAACCCAGGUCAACCAGAACCUUGGAGGGAUCACUAGGUCCAAAAGCACCACCUCAAUCUUUUUGUCAUUGAAAUACAAGAAAAAAAAAAACAAAACAAAACAACAACAAAAAACAGUGACUUCCACAUCUUAAUUUAAUUUAAGUAAUCAUUUUUUGGGAGUAACGA